CUUCCGUCUUGCCGAAAUCUGCCCGAAUGUUUUACAUCGGUGAAUCAACUUUUACGUGAGAAAAUCACUGGGAAUUCUCUUCCCGAGCUAGCCAAAAGCUCGAAGAAGACGUCCGUUGUUUUUCAACUCAUGAUUUCAUCAUGCCAGUCCCUCUGAAGUUAAGAGAUCUCAUCAGAGCGAUCAGAGCCGCCCGUACGGCUGCCGACGAGCGAGGGGUAAUUUCAAAAGAGUGCGCCCAAAUUCGAGACACAUUUCGAGAAGAAGACAAUGAUUUUCGCGCAAGAGCUGUUGCGAAGCUCCUCUACAUUCAUAUGCUUGGCUAUCCAGCUCAUUUUGGACAGCUGGAAUGCCUGAAGUUGAUUGCAUCUCCAAAGUUUACAGACAAGAGAGUUGGCUACCUGGGUGCCAUGAUGCUGUUGGAUGAAAGACAAGACGUUCAUCUGCUGGUUACAAACUCAUUGAAAAAUGAUUUGAACCAUAAUAGUCAGUUUAUCAUUGGUUUGGCACUCAGCACCCUAGGAAGCAUUUGUUCUCACGAAAUGAGUCGAGAUUUAGCGGGUGAAAUCGAGAGGCUACUGAAAACUGCUAACAGCUUCACUAGAAAAAAGGCUGCCCUUUGUGCUGUCCGAAUCAUUCGGAAAGUUCCAGAGCUGAUGGAAAUCUUUGUUCCCAUAACAAGAUCAUUGCUGAAUGAGAAAAAUCACGGAGUUCUACUAACUGCCACUUGUCUCGUAACGGAAAUGUGUGAACUGAAUCCUGAAGUUGUAUCUCAUUUCAGACGGCAUGUCUCUACCUUGGUGAAAACUCUGAAGAAUUUAAUUAUGUCCGGGUACUCCCCUGAACACGAUGUCUCUGGGAUUAGUGAUCCUUUUCUUCAGAUUCGAGUGAUCAGAUUGCUCCGAAUCUUGGGAAGAAAUGAUGAGGAAGCUAGCGAUGCAAUGAAUGAUGUUUUAGCACAGGUGGCUACAAACACGGAAACAAGCAAAAAUGUUGGAAAUGCCAUCUUGUAUGAGACUGUUCUGGCAAUCAUGGACAUAAAGUCUGAAAGUGGUUUGAGGGUUUUAGCUGUUAAUAUUUUAGGAAGAUUUUUGUUGAAUAACGACAAGAACAUCAGAUAUGUUGCCUUGAACACGUUGUUGAAAACAGUCAGUGCAGAUUACCAGGCAGUGCAGAGACAUCGCAGCACCAUUUUAGACUGUUUGAAAGACCCUGAUAUAUCCAUACAGAGGAGGGCCAUGGAACUCUCAUUUGCUUUGGUUAACUCCAAUAACAUUCGUGGAAUGGUGAAGGAACUUCUUGUAUUCCUUAACUCAGUUGAUCCUGAUUUGAAAUCUUAUGUUACAUCAAAUAUAUUUCAAGUAGCAGAGAAACACGCUCCUAAUAAAAGGUGGCAUAUUGAUAUUAUGAUGAAAGUUCUAACUUCUGCUGGCAAUUACGUCCGGGAUGACACUGUUCCUAGUUUAAUCCAUAUGGUAGCGUCAAGUGAUAGUCUGCAAGCGUAUGCAGUUCAACAAUUAUUCUCUGCUGUUCAAGAUGAUAUAAGCCAACAAUCCUUAGUCCAAGUUUCAGCCUGGUGCACUGGGGAAUAUGGUGAAUUAAUAUUUAAAGAUAUCGAUGAAGAGGAGUCCUUGAAUGUGACGGAAGACGACGUGAUCGACAUUCUUGAAGGAAUGCUCGCGAGCAAUUCUCUAAAUCAAGUUUCAAAAGAAUACGCUUUGAAUGCUUUAAUGAAACUCAGCACAAGAUUCACCUCAACUUUAGAUCGUAUCAAAAAGCUGAUAAAUCGUUUCUCAAACAACAUGGACAUGGAACUUCAGCAGCGUUCCGUGGAGUACUUAGCUUUGUUCAGGAGCUUUGAUGAAAUGAGGGUUGGUUUGCUGGAGAGGAUACCCGUGAUGGAUACGAAGUCGGCCACGUCGACAACCGUUGAAAAUGGGGAAGUAUCGGAAACACCACGGGAGGAACAACCGGUACCCGAGCAGAAACAAAGCAAACCUUCAGAGUCUACAACGCUACUCGAUCUUCUUGGUGAUACGUCAUCGGUUGCCACGCCAUCCACCCAUACGAACGCACCCCCCGCCCCAGUCCUUCAACCCACCGCUCCGUCGACGAAUGGUGGAGAUCUUCUAGACCUACUCGGAGGUUUAGAUAUGAAUGCGACGACUAAUGUUGCGCCACCAUCUACCAUGAAUCCAGCAGCACCAAGUGCUGGUGGUAAUAUUGCUAAUUUGUUAGAUGGUACUCCAGAUGUAUCACUACAGUCAGUUCCGGGUUUAGGAAACGAUCUAAUGCCUUCCUUCAAUCAUCAAGCGGCCUCAACACCUCAAGGCAUGCCAUCCAUAACGGCAUACAACAAAAAUGGAGUGAAAAUCGACUUCAACUUUCAAAAAGUGGAUAAUAAUCCGGCGAAUAUUUUAGAUAUUGCUUUAAUAAUUUCAAACGCGCUGGCCGUUCCUGUAACAGACUUUGUCUUUCAAGCCGCGGUGCCUAAGACUUUGCAGCUUCAACUACAGAGUCCUUCCGGUAAUAUAAUUCCUCCAAAUAAUUCUGGUCAAGUGACACAACUUGUGAAGGUGGCCAAUCCACAAAAGGCACCUUUGCGAAUGAGAAUUAAGGUGAACUAUGUUGUAAAUGGUUCGCCAGUUUCCGACCAAGCCGAGAUCAACGAUUUCCCACAGUUGUGAUGUACACUACACGCAUCCUGGUCGGAUUAAACCAUCUUCUCUGAUCAAACAUAUGAUGCUUAAAAGACGUCGUUAAUCGUAUGCCAUUCCAUCAGAUCAGAACUCAAAUUGUCGUUAUAAAUAAAUAACAAAAUGUUUACACAAUUGACGAAUCUAAUGUGCAGGGGCGUACAUACAUGUACUCAAUUUCUGUACUAACAAAUCCCUAUAGUUCUCUAAAAGUGUGAUUAGUAAAUAUAAUGUAGUUUUGACGGAAUUCAAACCUUAGUCUAUUUUAUAGACGUUUCAGUAAUGCAAAUGUUUUUAGUGUAAGUUGACUGCGAACUUCUUUUUCCAACUCAGCUUGGCUGAGGAUGCUUUUUCAUGUGAGUAAAUUUUGACUGCUUACUGAUAAUUGAGUUCAACUCUAUACUGCUGUAAAUGCAAAAGAAAACAUGCGAAUAUUUCGCAAACGAACCAUUUCUCUUCACAUGAAAAUCCAUCCUAACUCCUGGUUAUUGCAAACUUUAUACCAAAGAUUCUCGCGAAGUAAUUUGUAGAAGUUUUAAAAAUUUUCAGCCCAAGAUCCAAUUAAUACUUUUCAAUCCUUGAAUGCCCGAAUUCUAGGGGGCAGGGAUAUCUAAUUUUAUAUUUCUCUUCUCUACCAAAGAGCGGAGUUUUGGCUGGUGUAUGUACGUCCCUAUAGUGACUGCUGUACGUUGAUUUUGUAAGGAAUAGCUGCGCAAAAGAAUAAUAUUUGGUCUGGGAAUUCGGCAGGCUCUGGGACAGUUCCACUGGACGCAAAACGUUUUGAAAUUUAAACUAACAUGGGUUAAUGCUAACUAUUAUUCACGAGAUAUCUAGUCUUUACCGUAGAACAAAGAUAGCUCCCGCCGAGUUUCCAGGUCACCUUUAUCGAAUAUAGCGCAAGGCAGUGUUGAUAUUCUGUCUUUUAGUAAACGGUAGAUAGCUGCUCAUAAUAAUGAAUCAAUCUGAAUUUGUUCUAUUUAAGAUGCUCUUUCGAAA